AUGGCGAUUGGCCUGGCAGCUCUGGGGCUCCUCGCUUUCCUGCUCGGCUGCUCGGGAACCUUUGCCGAACCCCAAAACUCCGAGUCACGCGUCAAGUGCUCCCUGACCGGCAUCUGGGAGAGUGACAUAGGCAUCAGAAUGAAGAUCUACAACGUCAGUGACAUUGGGGAGUUCAGCGGCUUCUUCUACAUAAUACGACGGCCUAACACCAGGAUCUUCAUUCCAUUCCCGCUGCAGGGCAUCCAGCACCAGGGGCGCCAACCCACCUUUGGCUUCACCGUCAGCGGGGAGCUCGAGGGACCUACCGCCGCCGUCUUUGUGGGCCAGUGUCUGGUGGACGAGAACGGAAAGGAACAGCUGAGGACAACCUGGGUAUUUCGUAAGCACGUGGAAUCCGCAGCAAAGGAUUGGGGGGCGACCCGGGUUGAAAGGAGCACCUUCUACCGCAUAAAGUGA